CGGGUUACUUGUCCCAUGUACGGUCCCCCCACCUCACCCUUCGAUUGACUGUCAUGUGGUCUCCGCGGCAGGCAUUCACAACUCCAUCGCACGAAACAACGUGGAAGAAAUGGGCAUUUGCUUCUUGCACGUCCUCCUCCCUCCCGAUGAGCCAGCGGCGGAACAGCCACCGGAUCCACAUAUAGUAGAGCUUCUUGACUCCUAUGGCGACAUCUUCGAAGCCUCCCCGCGGAUGUAUGUACCGCAUGAGCGAGGAGGAACUCGGAGUGCUCCGAACGCAACUCGAUGACCUCAUUGCCAAGGGCUGGAUUCGCCCUAGCUGCUCGCCCUACGGUGCACCUGUUCUCUUCGUCUGGAAGAAGAACAAGGAGCUGCGCUUAUGCAUCGACUAUCGUAAGCUUAACGCUCAAACCAUUAAGAAUGCCAGCCCGCUCCCACGCAUCGACGAUCUUCUCGAACACUUGGGCGGCGCCAAAUACUUCUCCAAGUUGGACCUCAAGGCCGGUUACCACAAGCUCGAGAUCCAUCCAAGAGAUCACUACAAAACCUUGUUCAAGACAUGGUACGGGCACUUCGAGUGGGUCGUAAUGCCAUUCGGCCUCACGAAUGCCACAACCACCUUCCAAGCGAUAAUGACAACGGAGUUUCGCGACAUGUUGGACCGGUUCGUGCUCAUCUACCUUGAUGACAUCUUGGUGUACAGCCGAACUUUGGAAGAGCACAUGGCGCAUCUACGAGCUGUUUCGGACAGGCUACGUACCAAGUAUAAGGCCAACCGAGCCAAGUGCGAAUUCGCACAACAAGAGCUCGAGUACUUGGGCCACUUUGUGACGCCGCAAGGCAUCCGUCCGCUCGCGGACAAGAUCAAGGCCAUCCAAGAUUGGCCAGAGCCGACCAACACCUCGAAAGUUCCCACUUUUAUGGGAUUGGCCGGGUACUACCAACGCUUCAUUGGCGGACAUGCAUGGAUCGCCGCACCCUUGUCAAGAUUGCAGUUUCCAAAGGUGCCCUUCCAUUUCACCGACGAAUUGAAGACGACAUUGUUUCUCGCUCCCGUCUUGAGUAUCUACGAUCCCACCGUGCAGACGAGAGUGACUACGGACGUUUUCGACUACGAAAUGCAAUUUUGGAACAACACGACGGAGUAGAUUGGCAUUCGGUUGAGUGUUUCAGCCAAAAGGUGCCUCCCAUCAACUCGGUUGAUGAUGCGCGGAAGGAGUUGCUUGCUUUCGUCA